CCAUACACUUCUUCCAUAUGCCCCAUACUUUGAUCAUCACUUUCCCUCCACAGCAAAAAUCAUUCUCCUUUCUGCUCAAACUUUAUCACACACCUUUUUCCUCAUGGCUCUCUUUCUCUUUGCUAUUUUAAUCUUAAUGCCAUCUUAUACCAAUGCUUAUUGGCCACCUUCACCUGGUUACUGGCCAAGUUCAAAGUUCCAGUCUAUGAGCUUUUAUAAAGGUUUUAGAAAUCUUUGGGGACCUCAGCACCAAAGACUAGAACAAAAUGGAUUGACAAUUUGGCUUGAUAGAAACUCGGGAAGUGGAUUCAAAUCGGUUCGGCCGUUCCGAUCCGGGUAUUUCGGUGCUUCCAUUAAGCUUCAACCUGGUUAUACUGCAGGAGUCAUAACUGCUUUCUAUCUAUCAAACAAUGAAGCACAUCCGGGUUACCAUGAUGAAGUGGACAUUGAGUUUCUAGGGACAACAUUUGGAAAGCCUUAUACUUUGCAAACGAAUGUUUAUAUAAGAGGGAGUGGUGAUGGGAAAAUUAUAGGUAGAGAAGUCAAGUUUCAUCUUUGGUUUGAUCCUACCAAAGGUUUUCAUCACUAUGCUAUACUUUGGAGUCCUAAGGAAAUAAUAUUCCUAGUGGAUGAUGUGCCUAUAAGGAGGUACCCUCGGAAGAGUGACACAACAUUUCCAAUAAGACCAAUGUGGCUUUAUGGUUCAAUUUGGGAUGCUUCAUCAUGGGCAACAGAAGAUGGAAAAUACAAAGCUGAUUACAAGUAUCAACCAUUUGUGGCACACUAUACAAACUUCAAAGCUAGUGGUUGCACAGCUUAUGCACCUCGGUGGUGUCGGCCGGUUUCGGCUUCGCCGUAUGGUUCUGGUGGAUUGAACUCACAGCAGAAUAAUGCAAUGAGAUGGGUGCAAAGGUAUCAUAUGGUUUAUAAUUAUUGUCAAGACUCAAAAAGAGAUCAUAGAUUAACACCUGAAUGUUGGGGUUGAAGAUUAUAUUUUUUGCAAUUUUUGGGGGUGUCCCAAAAAAACAAAAAUACUGUUGUCUUGUGAUCUUUUUUGUUUGCUUGUUUGGGAAAAGUUUUCUUUUUUACUUUGUGGGGGUGAUUUGAGGUGGGGGCCCUCUCUAUUGUGUGGUUUUUUUUGGCUCUGUUACAUUUAUUUUAUUUGGUGUAUACUGCAUCAAAUGGGAAAAAAAUAGAAGGGAGGAGAGAGAAAGGAAUAAUGUUAGUGAAUGUCCAAGAAAAGCAAAGUGGACAAUUAUGUAUGGGUUGGUAAAUGUGGCACUGUUGAGUGCAAAUAUUAUAAGCAUACUCUAAAUUUUAUAACGUUAUUGUCCUUUUACAA